GUAAGCGCGGCGUAGAUAGGGCACCUGCGGCAACAGAAGUCUCAGCUCUCGCGAGGUUUCGUCUUCCGGGAUUCGCUGGGGCACAGUCUCCGUAGACGGUGUGGCGAUGUGUGUGGACUGUGUGAAGAAGGAGUACCCCAAUCGGGGGAACACCUGUCUGGAGAAUGGAUCGUUCUUAUUGAACUUCAUAGGCUGUGCGGUGUGCAAUAAGCUAGAUUUUAUGCUGAUCACAAACAGAACCCUGAAAGAGGAAGAUGGAGAAGAAAUAGUUACCUAUGACCAUCUAUGCAAGAAUUGUCAUCAUGUAAUAGCCAGACAUGAGUAUACAUUCAGUAUCAUGGAUGAAUUUCAGGAGUACACCAUGCUGUGUCUAUUGUGUGGCAAAGCUGAAGACACUAUCAGUAUUCUUCCCGAUGACCCCCGACAGAUGACUCUGUUAUUCUAAGCUUCCUGCGGUUCUGUUGUAGAUUUGUUGGCUUGGUUUAUAAUAUAGCAAUCCUAAUGGUUUAUCUAAUAA